AUAGUAACAGGAUAUAUUUUUUGGACUUCUAAAAUAAAGGAAAACUCUAAAUUGACUGUACAUUUUUAUUUUUAGUCACCUCUCCAGUUUACCAUGGUCUACUCCAGCUAUUUUAGCCCUUAGCUACACGGCACCAAAUUUUAUGACUACCUAGUCCCGUUGGACUUCGAAUCCAAAGAAUGUUCUCAAAUAAUCAACUUAUUUGUAAACCUAUAGAAAAUAUAAAUGAAUUGUUGAAUUGGGGACCUAUCGAUACCUAUCAAGUUUCUCAUCAGAAAUUGAUAAUAAAAAAAAUACUUAAAUAUCCUAAAACUAUCAUAUGCCAUGAUAUGGCUGGUGGCUAUCUUGAAGAUAGCUAUUGUCAAGGUAUAUACACAAGUUACCAAGGUUAUAGAUUCAAUUAUUGGCCUUAUAUUGAUGGAUUUAUAUAUUUUAGCCAUCAUUUUAUCACAAUUCCCCCAACAGGUUGGAUUCAUUCAGCUCAUAUCAAUGGAGUUCCUAUAUAUGGGACGUUCAUCACUGAAAGUUCUGAUGGUCAAGCAACUUGCCAAUUUUUUUUGUCUUCUACCGACUUGGCGAAAUCAGUAGCUGAUAAAAUGAUUUCCCUCGCAAUUUAUUACAAUUUCGAUGGGUGGCUAUUGAACAUUGAAAAUGAGAUUGAAGUAUCGCAAAUACAAACUUUGUUGUAUUUCAUCCGUUAUCUCAAAAAUGGUAUUCACGCUGCUUUGCCUCAUUCCAAAAUCAUUUGGUACGACAGUGUGACGACUAGAGGCAAACUUGUAUGGCAAAACGAAUUGAAUGAAAAAAACAUGCCCUUUUUUUUGGCAAGCGAUGGCAUCUUUUUGAAUUACACUUGGACUGAAUGCACUUUGGAAAAAACUCUUUCUCAAUAUCGCAAAUACAAUGGCUCACUAAUCAAUAAAAACCGGAAUUUACUUACCAUAACUAAUGAAUCCAAUAAAAUUUCAGCCAUAAAUUUUGUUAAAAACACUGAAUCCGAUCACGCUUUAUCAAAUAUGAAUAAUAUCCAUUUAUUAAAAGAUAUAUUCGUAGGAAUAGAUGUUUUUGGAAGAGGGAUGAUAGGUGGAGGUGGUUUCAAUACUCAUAUAGCUGUAGAUUUGGCGAGAAAGCAUAAGAUGUCUAUCGCUUUGUUUGCUAUAGCCUGGACCUAUCAAAAAUUCGAUUACGCUGAGCGCAGGAAUUGCGAAAAACUAUUUUGGGAAAGCUUAAAAUCUUAUCUAUACCCAGAGAACAUACCCUUUUUUCAAUUACCGCUAUUAACUAUGUUUUGUGACAAGUUUCUCCUUAAAAAUUUUGAGACAAAUACUGAACCGAUAAAAAUCGAAUGCCCAUUAGGGUAUUUGUUAAAUUUGCAUUGCCAAACUACCUUACCAUUGUUAAUAUCAACUGAUCAUUCGCAAUAUGACAUUCUUUUAACGUCCCAGGGGGUUAUGAUUGAAUUAAUUAACAAGAAGCCUUCGCAUGCAAUUGACAAUAAAAAUGAUGAAAAUGACAAUAUUAAGGAAUAUGUGAAAAUACCCUUGUAUGUGACAAAUUUUAGCCUUCCUAACUUGAAAGACUCACAUAACUGUGUUUUAAUUUCUUUAAAUAUAAAUAUUUUAUAUGGUGGCGAUAAUCUUAAAAAAUUUGGUAUGGAAAACCUGAAGUUGGGCUUCGAAAUUUGUAAAGACUCGGAAAUUGAAAAAUCCUAUAAGGAUGAUAUAUGUAAGGAAUGGUUUGGGACAUUUAUUGAAACAUGCUUAGAGCACGAUUAUUUGUCAGAAAAUGCUAAGCUCUGUCAAAAAAGUUGUGAGGAAAGUCAAGAUGGAUCAAUUAAUAACUUCAAAUUCGUUACAUUACGCUCUGAAAUUCGUCACCCAUCAUUUACCGAAAAAACUGAAUCAAUUUAUAAAACUCUUGACAAAUAUGACGCAAAUCUUUUGAGCACAUGCAUAAUUUAUCAAUCAACCCCGGACCCCCAAAAUACUAACUACAAAAUCAAGCAAAUAUAUUUAAAAAUAAAAAGUCGCGUUUCACCUACACAAUUUAUGCUUAAAAUGUUUGCCAUGAAUGACUGUAAAUUAAAAAAUGUUGAAAACCUUGAAAUAACAAAUUGCUAUAAUCUUUGUAAUAUUAUGGGCAACAAUCGAUACAAAGUCGAUUUUAAGUUAGAUUUAUCCAAGACCAGAAUAAAUUUUAUAACUGAUGACAUCUUACCCAAUAUAUCUGUUAUUAUUAAGCCCCUAAAAUUUAUAAAUUUAGAUUUGCAUGCCUUUUGGAACUUGAGUUAUAAUAAAAUAGCUUCCCACUAUUACUAUAAUAUAUCUCAGAAGAGUCGCAAUAAACUUGUAAGUAUGAGUGAUUUGAAAUUAGAUAGUAUAAAUGAUGACUAUAUACCACGUGAAAAUUUAUUGGAGAGACGUAUUUUUAAUUCUUGUGGCUUUGCCAUUUUUUCUUUUGUUAUAAAGCGCAGAAAUCAUUUAGAUUAUUUAUCCGAUCGUAUAGUUAAAAAUAUUUAUGACCAAAUUUUUAAGCAUCGCCAAAAUAGUCAAAAUAUAAGCAAUCGUGACAAUAAUAAUAAUAAAUUAGAUUUAAAGUUCGAGGGAAUUUUCAACUCACCUUCUUUCUACCUAAAUAAAUCUAUCCCGAAUCAAGAUGACAUUUUAGGGUUGAAACUGUAUUUAUCUCCUCUGUCACCAGUAUUUUAUGGCUGCAAAAAUUUGAUCGACCUAAACGAAUGCUCCGUUAUAACUAUUGCCUUUUAA